CGGAAAAAAUGUUUAGUUUUUAACUUCGUCCAGUUACUCCUGUCAUGUGCUGGUGGCCUGCACGCUAGGAGAAAGAGUAGUUGUCUGGUUUCAGUGAGAUGAAACACUUUUGUGCGUCUUAUUCUCGUUGCUUUCCACCAGCAAGAAGUAGGAUUAAGUAUCUGAACAAUAGUCAAAUUGUACUUGUAAGUUUAAUUAUUGCUUCCAUCGCUUCCCCCAAUCUGAGUAGUUGUAGUUCAACAUUUGCAUCCAAAGACGCCCUGCCCCCGCCUUACUAGUAGUUGCACAGGAAAAAAAACAUCAUAUUUAUUAAAGGCGUUCAUAUCAUCUGUGGCUGUCUACAUGUUUCUUUGCAAGCACCUCUGUUUCUGCAGACACGGGAAGGAAGGUCGUAUAUUGGAUGAUAGUACCACGUUCUUUAUGAUUCCAGAUCCAGCACCGAAACGAUCGAUGUUCUUUCGCUGCUGAACCUCGGACAGAAAUUAGACCGGACGACUAUAAUGCACAUGCAGUGUGUGGGAGACGGUGACGGAGAGCAAGUGCAAGAGCAAGACCGGCAUCUUGACGCGCCGGGUAGAUCGGCAGCACAGACGACGACUCUCUGGCUCCCGCGCACGGAUCAUUGUAAGACACGCACGAAGACCAGCUAGAUCCUACCAACGAUAACAAGAAUCUCCAUCUCACUUAAAAUUAAGAGACCCACGGAGAUCGACGGUACGCAACACGCACUUCCGCGGAGAAAUAGUGAGCAAAGGUGCAGCUUCUAGUUGUGAUUGCAGAGGCAGCCGCUGAUAGCCGGAACUACGUCUACGGGAGACGCUCUUCAUUGGCCGCUCCAUUCGAAUUUAUCAAACUUCUUGCUCAGCCCGCCUCGGGGAGCCAUAAUAGCGACUCCGAAACAUUGCUAGGGAGACUGCGUUUGACUCGUCGAAGUCUUCUUGUGUUGCUCCGACAGAGCAAAGCUACAACCUGCUGACUAUACUUUUUUGAUAUUGUUCUUCACCUCCCACCUGUGGUAACCACACGAGAUGAAGAAACCAAGAUAACCACCGGCAGCGGAAGUAGAUAUACACUGCUCAUUGUUUCGAUCUCGUUCGGUGAGGAGGUCCUGUUCCUCGAGACGAAUUCGCCCCUAUCUCGAAGGUCAGUAGCAGACGUGUACGUGUUGCUGUCUCCACGCACGUACAAUUCCUAGUACCACGGAAUGAUGUAAUUCCUGCGUCGACAUUCGAAUUCGAUUCCCCUCCUACUAGUGGAAGUUGGUACUUGCGCGAAGCGUCAUCUCCUACUCCUGUGGCCGGCUGAUAUAAUUGGCGGAGGAAACUAGUAAAAAUCCUUGCAGUUGUCUGCUGCAGGAACAAACCUGCGUUCCCGUCGCGGUGGCCCCGAAGGAGCCCGUGAAUGGAGACGAGCAGCGCCAGCAGCGGCGCGGGAGCUGGUGGGGAUGCAAGCCCCAGUAUCCUGGGUAAAAACGUCCCCGUCCUUACAUCCUUUUGUCUGUGCUAUGAUUUGUUGUUCUACAUCUUCAAUGAAUAGCAAAAGCUACACCCCAGAUUUGUCACGCAAAUUUGCAUGCUAAUCCUAAUCAUUUCACGCGGAAUCUUUCUCAUGCGGCUGAUCAAUCUCCUUCUCCAACUCCAUGAAAGGGGGAGGCAGUUCCUACUUGUGUUUCAGAAGUUUUCAUGCUCCAAUCUAUGUGCCUUGGUAGCCUUCGCCGACCGCGAUAGCAAAGCUGCGGGCUCAAAUUUGUCUCCUGGAGCUUGCGGGUUUCUUGUGUAGCGCUUCUAGGUAGGUAUAGUACAACUGUGGGACGAGGACGUUUUUUCUCAGGAUGCUGAGUGCGAGGUACGAGAAAGUGGAAGUCAAGCUGCUGGGAGAAGGAACCUAUGGCGAGGUGUACAAAGUCAAAGACAAUGUCACGAACGAAAUCCUCGCGAUGAAAAAGAUGAAGCUCCACGACGAAGAGGAAGGCAUACCGUCGACAGCCAUCCGUGAGAUCAGUAUACUAAAGGAGCUUCCGCACAAAAAUGUUGUGCACCUCCGCGACGUUUUCUGCACGCAAAAGAAGGUAAAAAGAGUAUUUAUUUAAAAGAUACAACCCUUCUUUUUCAUGGCCGCUCUACUACUUAGGGACUUGACGCUCCAGAAUGAUCAAGGCGCGCGCAAAAGCGAUCUUCCGUCCCACGAAAUCUGUCAGGCUAGGUAUACUAGCCAGUGGUAGAGUCACCUAGAACAUCUGUUUGUACACUGCUGAAGUAGGUCAUGAAAGCAGAUAACGCUAAAGCUAAAAAAACCUUCUAAAUCACGCGACACACACGACCUUGCAGGUGAUGCUGGUAUUUGAGUUUGUGGAGUCCGACCUGAAGAAGUUCAUGAAGAAAAACGGGGGAGCGUUGAGUUCGCGUCAGGUACGGGAUUUUGGAUACCAGCUCCUGUCGGGCCUGGACUUUUGCCACAACCAUCGGAUCCUCCAUCGUGAUUUGAAGCCACAGAAUCUGCUCGUCACAGUGGAUAACCCACCAAUACUCAAAAUCGCUGAUUUCGGUCUCGCGCGGGCUUUCACGCUGCCAAUACCGAAAUACACCCACGAGGUGGUCACCGUCUGGUAGAGAAGAUUUUUAUUAUGUUCGCAGCUACAUACAAACAAUAUCAAGUUUCGUUUGGCUCUGAUUCGAUCGCUUGUUCUUUUUUUCUUGGUCUCGAAGCUUACUUUGAAAUGCAAGCGGCAAAACACAGAAAAACGCGUGCCACGUAGUCAUGCUCUGUGGCGUCGUCGCCUGCAUUUGCACUGCUUUUUCGCUGCAUAUCCAGGUAUCGAGCGCCAGAGAUCUUGCUUGGACAGCAAGAGUAUGCGCUCCCAGUCGAUAUUUGGAGUACUGGAUGCAUUUACGCCGAGGAACGAACAACAGCGCAAUCACGACGUAGUCACUGGGUUGUCUCGCAACGCGUGCAUUUGUGUCGAAGAUGAAGUGGCUGCACACCAACCAUCGAUUUUUGAACAGCAUGCCUCAAUUACACGAUCCGGAUUCCGCUCUCUUCUCCGAAAUAAAUGCAAUGAAAGUAGUUGUAAAAAGAACAAAGUACGUUCAGAAAUAAACUGCAUUGAAACUGAGAUGUUGCGUUUUUGCCGUUGCAUAAGCGUCUUGGCGAAAUGGGCUGCGGUGCCGCUCUAUUUAUGGGUAUUGACUUUUAUAAGUGUCUUUUUGAUUUUGUAUUUCUGUACUGUUCUGAUUUUGAUGUACCUAAUGAUGUGGCAGCAUUGGCAGCUUGAGCUUACGCUUGGGUCGAAUACUCGCGGAGGGAUAUUUUUAUAGGCACUCUACACAUUCGAUCGAACAGAUUCGAAUUGCCCUCCUGGACGUCUCAUUAUGUUUAAAGUAAUCAGCUGUGCAAAUUUAUAGCCUGCAAAAAGAGUAUCGAUCUCUUGUACGCACUUGACGGCACAUCACACACUCUACUUUACAGGGGAUUGCGAGAUCGAUACGAUAUUCAAGAUUUUUCAGAAGCUGGGCACGCCAAGUUUUCAAGAAUGGCCGGGACUCGAGCACCUGAAGGAUUUCAAGCAAGACACGUUCCCGAGGUGGCGAAAAAAGCUCUGGCCUGAUAUUCGGGAGCUUGGGUCGAAGGUACUUCAACAUCAGAGUUUUGCGUAUUUUUGUUCUGCUGAGCAUCGAUACAUUUUUUUACUUCGCCGGCUCACCGGUUUCACUCGAUGGGUGCGUUUUAAUGAUUGUUUCAGAUUCAGCUUCUCCUGCUCGUUCGUUCGCAGGAAAGGUAAAAAGACCGCUGUGGCUUUGCUGCCUACGAAGAUGUAUACGUACUUGUUAAAAAUUUUUGUCGGCAGUCGGUCAUUGCCUAACCGAUACACUGGUGCAUGCCAAGAAGCAUAGGACAACUUGAUUUUCCCCAGGUCGGGCUAUCCUGCUGUGACCUCCUCGAGCACCUGAUGAAAUACGAUCCAGCGAUAUCCUCUGUAAAAACGUCCCCGCCCCAGAGUCCAGAUGCGAACGCUUCCUCACAAGCCAACGAGUUUCGGCUGUCGCGCAUGAAGUCAGGUUUGGGCUCGCAGUGUAAUCAUGUGGAACUAGUGCAGCUGCAGCGCAGACCGAUAUACUUAUUCUCGCGCGCCAAGAAGAAACUGCCUGACGGCGUUAGAAAAUGCUACUCAUUUAUUUUACCCUGUGCAUGAGAAACAUUUGAGGCUUGCAGAUUUGUAUGACACGUUUGGGGUGCGGACGGUUUUACUCGGGAUAGGCGAGGCGUCUAACGGCAAAACGGGCUCUCUGUCACCCGUUUUUCACAGACAGCUAG